GGCCCAUGCCCAUGGCCCAGGUAAAGAUUACCCACCCAGAAGACCCAUGGCCCAAGCUUAACAGGCCCAUGACUUGAGAGUCUAAAGGCUUAGGGCCUAAGUAACAUCUUAAACAUGCCACCAGCCCACGGCCGAUUCAUGUCGGGCCUGUAAUCUAAGCAAACAUGCCUAUGGCCUCAUCGGCAAACAACUACAGGCCCAAGGCCGAAAAUCAACUUAAUGGCCUCCGCAGGCCCAAAAGCUUGGUCGAGAUCCGAGACUCAUCACUUGAUGCAGCAGUCGAGAAGACGAGCUAACCUCGAGCCACUCAGCGGUCUCAUUCCUGACACGAUUUUGGACUUUACUCUGGCACAACUUGCAAUGCGCCACAUGUCUCCAACACAACAGUGAUGUGAGCCCUGGGUCCGAGGUUCUAUAAAUAAAAUAAAAGGGGUGGGGUCUUUCCACUUGGAGGGCAUCCCAUUUUCCGUGUUGUUUUGUAGAAAUCUUAAAAAAAGGUAUCCUUUCGGUUAGACUUUUUAAAGGAUUCUUUGCUAUCUCCAUGUGAAUGUGGCGUUAGAAAACGUUGCUUGGUAGUUGAGUUCUCUUUUCCUAGGUAGAAUGCUUAUAGCCCAUCAUGUCUAGAGAUUCUUUCAAGAUAUUACAAACUCUGGGAGGUUCCUAUAAAAGGUUGUACCGGUGGAAUAUAGGUUCAGCUAAACAUUCCAUGGUGAUAAAAGACAAAAGAGAGCUCCACUAUAUAAAGGCAAAAGGGCCUAACCAUAUUUUCUCAAACCACUAUUGCCCCACAAGAAAACAUGUCUUUGUAUGGCAAGAUUGAAGCUUCUGUUGAGUUGAAAACUCCUGCUAACAAGGUCCACCAGCUUGGCAAAUCAGGAAGCCUCAUUAAUCUUACUGAAGCCACCAAUGGAAAGCUUAAAGGUGUUGAUAUAGUUGAAGGUGAAUUGGGGAAAAAUGGCUAUGUUAUUGCUCCUAAAGGGGUCUGUCCUUGUGGGGGAGACGUGAACAGCAAGGUAAAGAUCGAGAAAAUCGACGAUGAGAACCGGACGAUUUGUGGCAAAGUGAUAGAAGGAGAUCUGCUGAAGCGUUACAAGAGUCUGAAAUAUAUUGUUCAAGUUACUCCAGAUGGUAAGGGGAGUGUGAUGCUGUGGACUAUAGAAUAUGAGAAGAUGAACAAGGAUGUCCCUGAACCCAACCAAUUGCUUGAUUAUGGAGCAGCUAUCACUAAAGCACUUGAUCUUCACCUGUCAAGUAAUAAAUAAAUGGCAUAUGAAUGGAGCUAGCAACUAUAAUCAUCUCCUCCUCUAUAUAUAUAUGCUUAGUGAUAAUUGUGUAUGUAGAAGAAUAAAACAAUGGGAGAUUGGCAAUGAUCUCUCCAUAUAUGUUUAGUGGACUUGUACUGAAAAUAGAAUAUCACAGUGAUCUAUGAGAAGGUAGAUAGAUUCCAUGCUAA